UUGCUGUUAAACCCUGCUUCUUCGUUUCUCGCUUACAGAGGCAACAAUGGGGUUUGAAUCUUCUCAGAAAAAGAAAGCCUAUCGGAACUCGAAGAAGAGAGCCCGAGUCGACUCGGAAGAGAAACUCGAACGAUUCAACUCCCUUCCGUGGAGCUCCUCCCUCCCCCAGAGUAAUGGCGGCGACGAUGACGAUACUGAUUAUUCUCUCUUCAUCGGCUCCAACGAACUUGAAGGAGGUUUUCUUACCCUUGAAGAGAUCGAUGAAUCAGAGUAUGGGUUCGACCUCCCAAAAGUGGACACUGAUAGAAAAAAGAUAAAAGAACAAUUGGAAUCAAAGAAAAGUGAGGUAAAUGAAGGUGAUGCUGCGCAGAGCUCAGACGACGAGUCUGAUGGUGAAGAAGUCGAUGGUGAUAAGACUGAACAAAGUGAAGAGGAGGAUGAGAAGAAGGAAGUGAAACAGAAAAAGAAAAAGAAAAACGAGAAGAAAAAGAAAAAAAAUAGUAAGAAGAAUGACGAGACAAAUAAAACCGAGGAGAAUGCAGAGUCAGCUGCUGUUUGCUCCCCACAGCAUGAAAGUUUGAUUCCGGCUGGUGAUGAAGGGGAAAACACUAAUGUUGAAGAGGAAUCAGUUGAUGAAGAAGAAUAUUAUGCAUGGAACGAACUGAGACUCCAUCCUACGAUUAUGAAAUCGAUAUACAGGCUCAAGUUUAAAGAGCCUACACCCAUACAAAAAGCUUGUAUUCCUGCUGCAGCCCAUCAAGGGAAGGAUGUAAUUGGUGCUGCAGAGACAGGCUCGGGUAAAACACUUGCUUUUGGUUUGCCAAUUCUGCAGAGGUUUUUGGACGAACGAGAAAAAGUUGAGAGAGUCGUGGCUGAAAAAGGAGAGGCCAGUGAAAGAAUUGCUCCACUAGGUGUUCUGCGUGCACUCAUUGUUACUCCCACGAGAGAGCUUGCACUUCAGGUCACGGAUCAUAUCAAGGCAGCAGCAUUUGGGACCAAUAUUAAGGUGGUUCCUAUUGUCGGUGGAAUGUCAUCUGAAAAGCAGGAAAGACUUUUGAAAGGAAGGCCAGAAAUUGUUGUUGGAACACCGGGGAGACUGUGGGAACUUAUGUCAGGUGGAGAUAUUCACCUUGUGGAGCUGCAUUCUCUGUCAUUUUUCGUGCUGGAUGAGGCCGACCGCAUGAUCGAAACUGGCCAUUUUCGAGAGUUACAGUCCAUAAUUGACAUGCUUCCCAUGAACAAGGAAUCAGCUGAGAAUCAGCCUCAGAAUACACAGAACUGUGUUACUGUUUCAAGCCUCCAGAGAAAGAAAAGACAAACGUUUGUGUUUUCUGCAACGCUGGCUUUAUCUGCUGAUUUCCGUAAGAAGUUAAAGCGUGGGUCUGCGAAAUCGAAAAAAGAGGAGCUUAAUUCAAUUGAAACCCUUUCAGAGAGAGCAGGAAUGAGAGCAAAUACCGCGAUAGUAGACCUUACUAAUGCUUCAAUUUUGACAAACAAGCUUGUCGAAUCAGUUAUCGAAUGUAGGGAAGAAGAAAAAGAUGCAUAUUUGUAUUACUUAUUAAGUGUUCACGGCCAAGGCCGUACAAUUGUCUUCUGUACAUCGAUUGCAGCUUUACGUCGCAUUUCUUCGUUAUUGCGUAUCCUCGGUAUAAAUGUGUGGACCCUGCACUCAGAGAUGCAGCAGCGGGCACGCUUAAAGUCGGUAGACCGUUUCCGUGCAAAUGAACAUAGCAUACUUGUAGCAACAGAUGCCGCAGCGCGAGGGCUUGACAUAUUUGGUGUUCGAACCGUUGUUCAUUACCAGCUUCCACUUUCAGCUGAUGUAUAUGUUCAUAGAUGUGGAAGAACUGCUAGAGCGUUGGCUGAUGGUUGCAGCAUUGCUCUAAUCUCACCAAAUGACGCGUCAAAAUUUGCAGCUCUUUGCAGAUCAUUUUCAAAGGAAAGUUUCCAGCGGUUUCCCGUUGAAAUGUCAUACAUACCAGAUAUUAUGAAGCGAUCAUCUCUUGCACAUCAAAUAGACAAAGUCGUGCGUAAGGAAUCCCAGGUAAAGGCUGAAAGAACUUGGUUAGAGCGAAAUGCUGAAUCGGUUGAACUGAUUUUGGACGAUAGUGAUAGUGAAGAGGACAGACUGAAGAAGUACAGGGAAAACAAAACCAAAUCUAAUCAGUUGAAUAAGUUGCAGCAGGAGCUCAACACUCUGCUUUCAAAACCGUUACAACCCAGAACAUUUUCAAAGCGCUUUUUAACUGGGGCUGGCAUCUCACCUCUUCUUCAACAUCAAUUUAAAGAACUAGCAAGGCAGAAAGUCGACGAAGGCCCAAAUAAAAAGGGAAGGAUGGUCGUCAUAGGCCAGGAUUGCAUGGAACCACUUCAGGCAUUGAGGGGUGCUAGUAAAGAGGAACGCUUGGAUCUUAAAGAGAUUGCAGAAAAGCACAAGAUUUCAGACACCUUGAAAAGGAAAAGAAAAGAAAUGAAAAAACGUUCGCAUGAGCAAAGGCGAAAGCAAAGAAAGAAGCUAAAACAACGAGACGAUUAGUACUUCCAAUUAUGGCAGCUCAAUCCUUUACGUGAUCAAUCUGUCACAUGUCGUCACUAACUCAACGGUGAUGUUAUAGUUUUUCUUUUUUUUUUAUUAAUGUCAUUUCACUUUUACUGUAUGCAACAACGAGCCCGUAUCUAUAGGUUGUGUUAAUUUUCCUUAUUUGUUAGAGAGCUGACUUUACAUAAAUUUUCCAUGAAUUGAUUGAGGAAGUUGCCUUGUAUCGAAAUUACGUUAUAGGACGAAUACGUUUGAACGGGUUUUACGGAUUUGUUAUUAAUUAUGAAUUUUGUAGAUGUUGCUUUCAA